UAUCUUUUCUGCCUUGCCUAUAUGGUUUUGUAAUAUCUUGUCCACAUAUAUUUGCUCUGAGGCUGAAAGAAGACAAAUCAGCAGAAUUAGUUUAAGAAAUGGAAAUAAUUUAUGCUGUUCUUGGCCUGGAGUGGUUGGAUAUCAGAAGUCUUUUAGUUUUCUUUUGCAUUUUUCUUCUACUGACUGCUGUUAUGAGGAACAAAGUUCCAAGAAACUUUCCACCAGGGCCAUGGUCUCUUCCUUUCAUCGGGGACCUACAUCGAAUCGAUGCUUCAAGAAUUCACCUGCAGUUCAAAGAGUUUGCAGAGAAGUAUGGGAACAUUUUCAGCAUUUGUCUCUUCGGCGGAAGGAUUGUUGUCAUCAAUGGGUACAAACUUGUGAGAGAAGCUCUGGUCCAAAAUGGAGAACACUUCAUAGAUCGUCCCAGUGUCCCACUGUUUGAAGACUUAAUAGGAAAUAAAGGUCUUGUAGGCUCCAGUGGGUAUCCUUGGAAACAACAAAGAAGGUUUGCUCUUCAUACACUCAGAAACUUUGGUCUGGGAAAGAAGACGCUGGAGCGAUCCAUCCAACAGGAGUGUCACUAUAUCACAGAGGCUUUUGCUGAUCAACGAGGUCAGCCUUUUAAUGCCCAAAAACUGAUAAACAAUGCAGUGUCCAACAUCAUCUGCUGUUUGGUGUUUGGGAAUCGGUUUGAGUACAAUGACAUGCAGUACCAGACUAUUCUACAGAACCUGAAUGAGACGGUUUACUUAGAAGGAAGUGUGUGGGCUCAGAUUUACAGCAUGAUGCCGUGGUUGAUGAGAAGGCUUCCUGGACCUCAUCAGAAGAUUUUCACUCUAACAAAGACACUAACUGACUUCAUAGAAGUUAGGAUCAAAGAACACAGAGAUAACCUCAACCCUUCAUCUCCUAGAGACUACAUUGAUGCCUUCCUGAUAGAGAUGGAAAAGAAUCAGGACAAAGAGGCUGGUUUUGAUCUCAACAAUUUGUGUUUUUGCACUUUGGACCUGUUUGGUGCUGGAACUGAAACUACUACAACAACUUUACUCUGGGGUCUGCUGUUCAUGAUCAACUACCCUCACAUACAAGAACGAGUCCAAGCUGAGAUAGAUGCAGUGAUUGGUCCAUCCAGACAGCCCUCUACGACUGACAGAGAAAGCAUGCCAUACACUGAUGCAGUCAUCCAUGAGAUACAGAGGAUGGGAAACAUUUUACCUCUCAAUCUGCUCCAUAUGGCAAGCAAAGACACAGUCCUGGAUAAAUACACUCUACCCAAGGGAACCAUGAUCCUGGCAACACUGGACUCAGCCCUACAUGAUGAGUCGAUGUGGGAGACGCCUCACGUCUUUAACCCUCAACACUUUCUGGACAAGGAUGGUAAACUCAGAAAGAGAGAGGCCUUCAUUCCUUUUUCUGCAGGUAAGCGUGUUUGUCUGGGAGAACAGCUGGCCAGGAUGGAGUUAUUCCUGUUUUUCACGUCGCUCCUUCAGAGGUUUUCCUUCUCAGCUCCAGAAGGAGAAAAGCCUAGUCUGGAAUUCAAACUGGGAACUACUCGUUGUCCCACACCUUACCAGCUUUGUGCUGUACAACGUUGAUGUUCAAACAUAACACAUUGUUGUGUUCCUCAAACAAAUUGUUCUUUAUUUAUAGUAAUAUAUGUAAAAUACAAAGAUAAAAUAACUUCUGGGAGUUCCUUUGAACAUAUUUUUAAAUAAUUUUAUUAGUAGUCAUUUUCACUUGAUUAAGAAUUCAUUGGACAGAUUAAAUCGGGAUGUAUUUUUAAAAUAUACAGUAAUUAAUAUGAUCAAGUUCACAUUUGACAUUCAGGCUCCUUGUUAUUUCUUUUUGAUGUCUUCCAUCAUUGUCUCUGUAACAUCACCAUGUCACUUUUGAUUUACUGAAGUUGUUUAUUCUUUUCUCUGCCAUGUUUUGGUUUUGUUUGCUCCUUUGAGUUCUUUAGAUUAUACUAAUUAUAAUUAAAAUAAUUACUGACCAAAGAAAGACCUAGGUGGGAUUAUUGUUGUACACGUGAGACGUUUAAAUCUAAAAGUACACACAACAAACUAACAUAGGUUAUUGUAAUUGUUUUCACAUGUCUUCAUUUGAAUAAUUUAAAUUAAUAACCAAGACAUAAUAAGUAUAGAGUAAAUAAAAUGUUAGAUCUUUUUGAUAUUUAAUUCUUUAUUACUGGCAUCUUACCCGUUUUUGAAUUAUUUCUGAAGAUGAUGACUUGAUGUUUUAUUGUUCAUUAAUCGUACAAUUUCUGACAAGAUAAUAGAAAGAAAUUACUCCUUGUAAGCUUUUAAAUAAAUAAUAAUUCAAUAUAAAUAUUAUAAAUAUUAAAGUAUAAUUUUAUAAACCAGCCAAUUAAAUAAAUGUAAUUUCAUUUUUCAUUCUAUAAAUUGUAAUCUUGUUUCAGGCCCACCCCAAUGCAUGCAGGUCUGAUUCCUGCCCACAUAUUUACACUCAGGGUGUCUCAACCUGGCACAUCAUAAACCACAACAAAAGAGCAAAACGCUUCGCAAAAUUCUAUCAUUUUUUCCUAAAUUAUCACUUUCAUUAAACGCUAUCCUGACUAUUCAUUAAAUGUAUUUUAAAAUAAAAGAAAGAUUAAAGGCUGCUGCAAACAUGAGAACUCACAGAAUGAUAUUAAUUAGCUCAAAAUACUAGAUGGAUAAAAAUGUUACAAUCUCCAAUUGGCCAACACACUUCACACACAUGUAACAUAACAUAAGCACAACAUCCUUGCGUGACCAUGGUGCAGACAACAGGCUCUACAGUCUUAUUAAGGCCGAUCAGAUCACACGAUUAAUAAGGCUAAUGCUAACAGGGACAAAUGAACUUUUAUCUGCAAGCUGAGGGCAGCAACAUGUACUCAGUACGGAGGGUGGUUUGGAUCAACUGUGAUAGCUUUAGCUUUCCUGACAGUUCCACAGGACUUCUUCCCAUAAUUUAGCUGCAUAUCUUGACGUUGUGAAGUCUGUGCUUCUAAUUUUCUGAGGUACUGAAUUUAGGAUUUUCAUUAGUUGUUAGUUAAUCAUUUCUUUGUCAUUUUUUCAUGAUAAGUAAUGUGAUUGAGUAAAUAGGGUAGGCAUAAAAAGUUAGGCUUCAGCCUACACCUUUUUGGUUACUAUAAUUGAGAUUCUGUUUUAUUGUAUUUUCUUUUUUCCUUUUAAAUGACCAAAAUAAAAUAAAUUGAAAUUGAAAUUGAAAAUUGAAUCAUCAAAAUUAAAAUAAGUAAACAUUUGAAAUAGAACAGUCUGUGUGUAAUGAAUGAAUCUAAAAUACAAGUUUUACUCUGAAUGGAAA